AUGGCUGCUCUCCCGGUUACUGGGAAUCAGCAGCAGGAGAAAGGCUGCAGGGACUCCACGACCUGCUGGUGGGUUUCCCGUAGGUGGCACCUGGCUGACCUGCGUCGGAAGCUGGAUGCUGGGCUGCAGGCCAAGUUUUUGCGUCAGACGUUCCAGAAGAGGCUCACGCAGUUUGUGCGCUUUAAAGAUUUCUGCGCCCUGUCAGCUUUUCAGAACCACGACCACCACCCACUUAAAACAGGACAUGUGAACAGGAGGGGGACAAGGGGCACCUCCAGAUUUUACAUCGCACAGAUGCUUCUUAGCCGCCUUAGCCUUGACACAGGCACACAUAAUCUCAUUGGCGCGGCUGCAGCGGAGGAGAUAAGGCAGGUUUCCCCGGCCUCGCUUGGCCCAGCCGGGGAGAACCCGGGCAGCCCCGCCCCCGCGAGAGGGGCAUCACCAGGGAGCCACGAGGCCGCUUGGCACGGCCGGGCAAGAGUCUGCUGGAACGAGAAGCGGCGGGGGCGCCCAGCUCCUGCUCCAGAGGCGCCCCCUGCUGGCGGCAGAGGCCCUCACCUGGCAGUCUUGCGGACACUGAGAUCCAGCGCCGAGGGCCUUCUGGCGGUUCCCUCGCUACGAGAAGCCAAGUUACAGGGAACCAGGCAGAGGGCCUUCUCGGUAGUGGCACCCACCCUGUGGAAUGCCCUCCCACCAGAGGUCAAAGAGAAUAACAAUGGAGAGCACUUGGAGAGGAACCAGAAGACCCAGGAGGUGGCCGGGGUGCUGCGACGGCAGGGGAGGGGAGAUGGGAGCCCGUGGCCACCAAUCUCCAGAGUGCUGCCAUUUGAGGCCAUCCCCCGCAGCAGCCCCAACGCCUGGGUCAACCUGUACCAGUUCUGGAGGACCAACAGCUUCCCAAACUUCCACCACAUCAUGCAGAAGAACUUCCAGAACCUGGGACCGAUCUACAGGGAGACGCUGGGCACCUACGACUCCGUCCACCUGCUCCUGCCCCGAGAUGCUGCCGUGCUGUUCCAGUCCGAGGGGAUCUUCCCACGCCGAAUGGGGAUCAAUUCGUGGAUCGCCCACCGUACACUGCGCAACCACAAAUGCGGAGUCUUCCUAUUGAAUGGGGAGGACUGGCGCUCAGACCGGCUCAUCCUCAACAAAGAGGUGAUCAGCCCGGUGGGCACCCGGAAGUUCCUGCCCUUCCUCAACACGGUGGCUGAGGAUUUUGCUGAGUCCAUACAUCGGCUGAUCAGGAAGAAUGCACGGCGCUCGCUCACGGUUGACCUCUACCGCGACCUCUUCCGCUUCACCCUGGAAGCCAGCAGCUACGCCUUGUAUGGGCAGCGCCUGGGCCUACUGGAUGAGAAUCCCAAUCCGGAGUCCCAGCACUUCAUCGACACCGUGGAGACGAUGCUGCGCACCACCCUCCCCCUCCUCUUCCUCCCGCCCGGGGUCAUGCGCUGGGUGAACAACAAGCUCUGGCGAGAUCACAUGGAGGCCUGGGACGCCAUCUUUAAGCACGCGGACAAGUGCAUACAGAAUAUCUACCAGGAGUUUUGCCUGGGGCAGCCCCGCAAGUAUUCGGGGAUCAUGGCCGAGCUGCUUCUGCAGGAAGAGAUGCCCCUCGACUCCAUCAAGGCCAACAUGACAGAGCUCACGGCGGGCAGCGUGGACACGACAGCCAUGCCCCUGCUCUUCACUCUCUUUGAGCUGGCCCGCAACCCACAAGUCCAGACAGCCCUUCGGGAAGAGGUCAAGGCUGCUGCCGUAACAUCCAGGGAGCUCUCCAAGGUGAUGAAUGACAUGCCGUUGCUCAAGGGAGCAAUCAAGGAGACGCUGAGGCUCUACCCUGUGGGAAUUACAGUGCAGCGCUACCCAAUGAGGGAUGUGGUGCUUCAGAACUACUGUGUGCCCGCUGGGACCUUGUGCCAGGUGGGGCUCUAUGCCAUGGGCCGGAGCUCGGAGGUCUUCAGGGACCCUGAGCGCUACGACCCCAGCCGCUGGACUGGCAAAGAGGACAACAGCUUCAAGGCGCUGGCCUUUGGCUUUGGGUCACGGCAGUGUAUCGGGCGCCGCCUGGCGGAGGCAGAAAUGACCCUCUUCCUCAUGCAUAUUCUGCGAAACUUCAAGAUUGAUACAGUUUCCAAGGAGGACCUUAAGACCAUCUAUGGCUUCAUCCUCAUGCCAGAGAAACCCCCUCUGCUCACCUUCCGGCCCAUCGACUAG